UGGCUGCCAUAGCGCGUUCUAGAAUACAAUAUGCUUUCRUUUUUCGCUCACCKCUUGCUAAAAACACUUCACUUUGCAUCAGAUCUUUCCAUAAAGGCGCUGCUAGCUACAAACCUGUACAUGCAAUUAUAAUGGGCCCGCCAGGAUCUGGAAAAGGCACAGUUUCAGAACGAAUUGUUCGUGACUUUGGAUUGGACCAUCUCUCCAGUGGGGACUUACUGAGGUCUCAUAUCCAAAAUAACACCGAUAUAGGAAAAGAAGCGAAGAAAUACAUCGAUAAAGGACACCUUGUACCUGACAAUUUGAUGGUUGAUCUUGCAUUGAAAGAACUCGAGCAACGAAAAAGUGGCUGGUUGCUAGAUGGGUUCCCAAGAACAGUCAGUCAAGCAGAAGUACUCUCCCAGAACCAAACAAUCGAUAUUGUUGUUAAUUUGGAUGUACCCUUUGAAACAAUAAUAGAGAGAAUAAAGCAACGUUGGAUUCACUUCGCAAGCGGAAGAGUGUAUAACCUGGAAUUCAAUCCUCCAAAAGUUCCAGGUAAAGAUGAUAUCACAGGGGAGCCUUUAAUGCAAAGAGAAGAUGACAAGCCUGAAACUGUUAAGGCUAGACUUCAAAAGUAUGAAGAACAAACCAAGCCAUUGAUUGAAUAUUACAGCAACCUCAACAAGCUACAGUCAUUYGCUGGAACAGAAACCAAUGUCAUUUGGCCCGUGGUAAAAAAGUACCUUGAGGAAAAUUUCUUUAAGAAUAAGUAAGGGACCUUAGUUGGCAUUWGUUUGWUCAUCAACUGAUUGGGAUCCCUGUGGUUUCUCAUAUCUUAAUGGUAACCCUGUGGUACUAAAGCUGAGGUAGACUGGGAAUGCCAAAUGUAAUUGGCUGAUGAUGAAUUUUAUUGUCUGCGUGAUGCUCAUAGUUAUUACAGUAAUUUAUAAUAUUAUCUAGGAAUAAUUAAUAAUCAAUAAUAAUCUUUUAUAAAAUGACAAUACAAUGAACCAAAUUGCAAUGAUUUGCAAUAACAAUUAUAGUGACAUGUAUGUAUCAUGUAUGUAGUGUAGGUAGAAUUUAAUUUUAAUUUUAAAUGAUAAUUUAGUAGUCUUUGUUUACCAACAAUAAAAUGUUUUAAACUCGUUCAA